AUGAUUAAAAACUAUAAAAAACAAACAAAAAAUUCUUACAAAAAUCUUAUAUCAAAAAAUUAAACAAAUUGUUUGCUACUUUUGAUAAAAAGUCAUAUUCAUUAUUACUCAGUUAUGAAAAGCAAGAUAUUACUUAGCAUCAUUUUAGUAUUUAGCAUUAUUUGUAUUUGUAAUGGAUAACUUAUUAUGGGAACGCCUUUAGGAAGGUAGUUCGACGAGUAUUAAAAAGCAUAGGAUUAAGUGAGUGAUUAAGAACUUUUGUAGAUUGAAGAAGAAAUCGAAGAUACACUGCUAAAAUCAGAGGGAGUUUUAGAAGAUUUGUAUAAUAAAAAUAAUGAUGAAACUCUUUCUGAUGAUGAAAUGCUUUACGCUUUAAAGGAAUCUGUCAAAAAAAUACAUGAUAAAUAGGAAGAAGAGUCUAAAAAAAAUAUCGCAGAUGAUGUAAAAUUAACAACUAACAUUAUAGGAGAGUCUACUUUAGAUGAAAUUUAAGAUGAUUUAAAUGAAGGUUACUUCUUCCAUCCAUAUGCGAAAAAUGGUAGCAAAUCUUAGUCUUAAAAAUAAAGAUAAAAAUCUGCUAAGUAAAAGAAAAAAGAAAUUUAGGAAUUAAUCGCAAAGGAAAAAUAAUGGUUUUAGUAAACUAGAAAUUAACUUAAGAACUCAGGAGAAAAUGAGUUAAUAAUAUAAACUUAGUUCUCAGAUAAAGCAGCAUAAAAUAAGAAAAAAUAUGAUUCUUUUGUAGAAGCAUAAAGAAAGACUCUUGAGAAAAUAGAAGCAAAUUUAAAUAAGCUAUAAACUAAAAAUUAGCUUGAAGAUAAUACAACAACACUCAAAGAAACAUACGAUACUGGAUUUUUACAGGAUACUAUUGAUUCAAUAUUUGAGACCUCACAAGGAUAAGAUUAACUUGAGCCAAUAGUUUUGAAUUAAGAAAACGAGCUUAAAAUAAUUAGUGAAGAAGGAGAGUAAUUGAAAAAUCUAAAAGAAGAAUAUGAAGAUUCAGAAACUUUAAAACAACUAGAAAAAGAAAUCUAAGAUUUAAUGUAAGUAGGUGAUCAAAUGCAUGAGAAAUUUUUAGAUGAACAAGAAAUGAUAUAGGAAAUACUUGAAAACUCUGAGCCAGUAGAGCAAUAAGAACCAGAAGAACCUGGAGUCUAUGAAGUCGAUGAUGAUAAAUAAUUGAUGGAAAAAGAAGAAUAUUUAGAAGAUUAAAUUAACUAAGUGAAUGAAUAAAGCAAAGAACAAAACUAAGAAAUUAUUUAAAAGGUAGAAUAAAAUAAAAAAGAAGAGGAACAAGAAGAAUAAAGCAGAUUGUACAAAGAAGUAGCAUUUGCAAUAGUUAUUAUUAUGGCUAUUAUAUUUUUAAUUUUUGGAUCUUAAAUAGAUGUCUUUUCUUACUUUUCUCAUGGAAGACGCGCUAAAGACCCAUUCUACAGAGACGACGAAGCUUAACAGUCUUUAAUCAAUUGA